GAGCAACUUCAACCAACAAGAACAACGUUCAGAAAUUCUUCUUAAAAACGGUCUUAAACACGGAACCUCAUUUAUUAGAGUAGAAACGGUUUCAUCUCUUGCCAUCUUUCGGCAUUUACCUACAGUUUUAUAGUUUGUCUUCUUUUAUAGUGCAGCUAUACUUUUAUAGUUUUAUAGUUAGCUGUUAAAAGUUUGAGAAAACGGUGUAGUCGAAACGACGGUGGUUGAUAUUGCUAAUCAAAUAUCGACAACGAAAUGGGAAAGAGAUCCCCUUCAACGUGACAGCCAAUCCAUAUUCACACUUGUUCUUUCGCCGUUUAUACCUGCAUCAUCGUUUCCAGUCAUGUCUUCGACGUCGCCAUCAAUGAUGUUCACAUCGAUCGACAUCGAAACCACCGACUUCGGAUCCAUGAACAGUACGGCCUACUACGAUGACGUCACUCCUUUCUCGGAGGCCUUUUAUCUGGUCGUAUUAAAGACCAUUCAGAAAUGGCUUAUGACGUUCAUAUUAGUCUGCAUAAUGGUAGCCAUGGGUGCUGUUAUCACUGUGAAUGACUUCAAAGAAACGUUCCGUCAUCCAGUUGGUUUCAUCAUCGGGUUCGUGUCUCAGUUCUUGACGAUGCCUCUCAUAUGUUUCCUGACCGCCCUCAUACUCGACCUCGAGACUCCAUUUGCUCUGGGACUGCUCAUCAUUGGCUGUUGUCCCGGAGGCACGGUUUCGAACCUCUUUACCUUUUGGGCAGAUGGUGACGUUUGUCUCAGUGUGUGUAUGACGACUGUAUCAUGUGUGGCAGCGAUCGGGAUGAUGCCCCUAAACCUCCUCAUCUACUCGCGCCGAUGGACUACGGAAAGCACCCGGGUCCCGUUCAUGAACAUCUUCACCACGCUUGUCACUAUAAUCGUCCCAGCUACUGUCGGGAUUAUAAUAAGGAUAUUUAGCCUUAAAUGGGCCAACAUAGUGUCAAAGAUAGGGGGCGUUGCCGGACUCGCUGGAAUUCCGAUCGCAAUCGUUUUAAUUGGCAUCAUCAAUCCAGGAAUGUUUGCCUCAAGCUGGAAGAUUUGGACCUCUACUCUCUUCCUCCCGUUUUUCGGCUACUUCUUCGGACACGGAGUCGCGCGGAUCUUUCGCCAACCGAGCAAGAAGUGUCGUACCAUCGGAUUUGAAACCGGGGUACAGAAUGCAGCUCUUGGCAUAACUAUCAUGCUCCUGACCUUCCGGGAUACACCCCUUCUAUACGACAUGUUAACAAUCCCUAGUUUCUACGGUAUUCUUGCCUUCUGUGACUUUUUAAUCUACGUAGCUAUCUACCGCUUGUACCAUUACAGCAGACCCAAUCAGCCCAAAAAGAUGGAAGAAGAAGAUGGAGAAGAAGGAAGUAAGGAUUACCACCAAGGCAACGAUAUGCAUGUCCUGGGUAAAGAAAGUAGUGGAUACCAACCGAUCCAGAUAAUAGCAGAUACCAACGGCAUCUUAACCGACAAUGACGGAAAAGAACCCCAACAUACCCAAGAAAAGAAUGAUGAAAGCAUGGACGGUGCGGAAGACAAGAUAUCUAUAAAUUAUGGACAGUGAUUAUGAAAUGUGAAAAGUGGGGUUAACUUUGAGACCUCACAAUAUUGUACAAUCAUAAUAUUGUACAAUCAUAGAGUUAGCUCCAUGGUACAAUCAAUGAUACCCGUGACAGUAAACCCAUUUUCAUUGAGGUUUCCUUAUAGUUUUACCAAUCAAUGCCACUGGGGACCUUGUAUUUGCCUGUAUAACCUCAUUUAACCGCAUUCAAUUUUUAUCUAUCAGAAAUGUGGUGAAUGGUUGAGACCCGGAUGUUAUUCAAAAACGCAUUGCUUCUGCACAUAGCAUGUGGUAAUAAUCAUCAUCAUGUUGGUCGUAUUUGAAUUUGGAACAAUAUAGAUUGAUGAAACCUAUUCUGUAACGUUUUCUUUUUUUUAGCAGAGUUGAAUAGAGGACGUCGCUUACAGUCACUAACUUUAAUACAACAGUAUUCUUUCCCGUGAAAUCAAGUUUUUUCUAGUGAUCUAAUACCAUGAACAUUGCAUGGAUAUUAGCAACUAAUAUCCAUAUUGAGCUACUGUCUGGCUGCUUAACUUUGACAAUUUAUCGGGAAUCCAUUAGCAGCAUUGUGUUUUCCAAAACAUCAGCAAGUUCAACCCUUAUUUAGUGAUGUCACAGAUGCUUCAUAUGCCUUGAAAAUGCAUACACCAUCAGUUGGUUUGACACGUAGUAAGUUUGCUUUUGAUCCAUAAGUUGUAGAUGCAGACGAGUCGUUGGUCACUGCCGCUCCUGUUGGCCGUGUUGUUGCUGCCAUCGAAGAGAUUUGCAGUUGGAUGAAACUUGAAAAGUAAUAUCCCCAAAAAAUAAUGACAACAAAGUAUCGACUUCCGUCGCGACGGAUGGGUAUCAUCAUAACUGGAUCUCUGCUGCUAACAUGCAGGGAAGCUACAUCUCCAAUCAGCAAGGCUAGAAACACUUUGGUAGACGUUGAUAGUACAUUGGUCAUAUGGCAAAGUGGACAAAAUUCAUUUCAAAAUGCUGUGAGCGAGGAAGCGAGCGAGGCAAAAUAACACUUUUAAUACAUAAAUCAAAUUUUGCAACUGAUUUUGAUAGAUGUUUUAAAUUCCAUUUCAAAAUCCGUCACAAAAAUUGAUUUAAAUCUUAAAAAGGCAUUUGGUGGGGCUCGCUUGCUUCCCUCGCUCACAGCAUUUUGAAAUUAAUUUCGCCCUUUAUGUCGUGUCUCCACCUAAGACUUUACCUUAUUACGCUACUGACCUCCAAUAUUUACUGAAAGCUUAUUUUAUAUCUUAUCUGUAGCUCGAGUCCUGAAGAAACUACCGCUGCGACAUUAU